AUGAUGAAGAGAGCACAAGGUUUGACCUGGAUUGCCACUACAGACCCAGAAGUGCUGAAGGCCGCCACUGAAGACAUGUGGAAGUUCAACAUCCCUGCCACCACGGAAACCACACUCCCAGAACACUUGCCCAUACCAAGACAUCACGAGAUAGGUGGUGUUGUGAAUGCAGUACUAUUCCAAAGGCGUUCAACAGACCGAUGUGUCCUCAUUUACCAUUCCUCCAAACUCGACACGGUCGAGACAGGACAAAGUUCGUGUGCCCGAUACGUUGCAGCUGUAGCGAAAGCCAUUGACAAAACCAGCCAUGUCGUCAUGGGACAUCCAACUCAGAUUCACACCCAGCAUGGAGUUGCCGCUUUCCUCCAGAGCAAAGAGUUCACCUUCAGUGCAGCCCGGAAGACCAAACUUCAGGUCCAGUGCACUCAGUCACACAUAACCUUUGUUCCAAGCAUCAACAACAUGGCGACCAACAUUACAAGUGGAACACCCCAUGUGUGUGGAGAACUUGCGAUCAAGGAAAACAAGCUCAGACCAGACCUGAGUGCAGAUCCUAUUCUGAAUGCUGAUGCCUGGCUGUACACGGACGGUUGCUGCUACAAAGGAGAAGAUGGCAAUGUGGCCGCCUAUGCUGUAGUGCAGCAACACCCAGAUGGAAGUCACACCACCUUGGAAGCUGCAAUCAUUCCCCAGCCAGCUUCAGCUCAGUUAGCUGAAGUCACAGCCCUCACAAGAGCCCUAGAGCUGGGACAAGGAAAAUUACGCCUGGCUGUCAUGAAGUGCAAAGGACACGACACCAACCAAACCAGAAUCAGUGCUGGAAAUAAUGCAGCUGACCAAGCUGCCAAGGAGGCAGGAGGUUACACGCCGCCUCAGAUGGUCAUGGCAUCCCCCAGCCCAGCUCAGUUCCCUGAACUCACUGAAGACACGCUCAUCCAAAGUCAGGAAAAAGCUGGACCGUAUGAAUGGUCCACAUGGAGACAAAAGGGGGCCUUGAAGUCUAAAGAAGGCCUCUGGAGGUCCCAUGAUGGACGCAUCGUUGCCUCGGCAGAACUUUGUGCCAUGUUGCUCAAGGAAGCACAUGGCCUCACCCAUGAAGGAAAACUCAGAACCUUCCAGAGAAUUUCAGCCCUAUAG